GUCUCAAACCCAAACAUGGUGAUUCUUCUACCUUUCACUAAUCCUCAAACCAAACAGCCCGUUAGGGUUAGCGCGCAUCUGGCGUCUCUUUCUCUUCUUGCUCUCUCCUUUCUCUCUAUCUCCCUGUCAAUUUCUAUUCAGGAACCACAUCGCAGGCCGCCGUCGUCACUGUCGACGGCCAUCGUCAUCAACAACGACCUCCAUAAUCGGCGUUCAGCAACGCCGCAACGCCUCUGUGACCGCAACCUCCGGCCGCCUUCUUCAUCAUCAUCGGCGGUCAUCUCUCUGUGCUGUGGUCCUGUGGGUUUAAAUGUUCUUUUUGCCAGAUAUGUUUGUGUACAUAGCUUCUACUUGGGAUUUUGUAAGCCACGUAUCUUGGUUCCUAUUUCAACCUUUUGCAACUUUUACCGUGGACUGUUGAUGAGUAUUCUAAAUUCCUGUUGCCCUAUGAGCCAGUUAAAUUCUGGAUCUGUUUGUUCGGAGCCGGGAUCCAGUGACUGUAAGCCAUCAAAAAGUUCCUUGUGGCCAGACUUACUUAAGCUGUCCAAGUCUUUGUCAAUCUUUGAAACACAUGGAGAGCACAAAGAUGGUAGAAAGAAGGGAUCCUGUACUAAAAGUAAUGGGUGGACAUCAGCUGUGAAAAGGUUUUUGAAUAGUGGCUCAAUGUGGAGACUUCAAGAGCGUGUGCUGGGCCUAACCAAGACUGGAAUUUCUAGUUCCACUAGUGACAUAUGGCUUCUGGGAGUGUGUUACAAAAUUCAGGGAGAAUCCUCUAGUGAUCCAGUUAAUACCAAUGGAGAAGCUGCAUUUAUUGAAGAUUUCUCAUCAAGAAUUUUGCUGACAUAUCGCAAAGGCUUUGCUGCUAUUGGAGAUUCAAAGUACACUAGUGAUGUAAAUUGGGGUUGUAUGCUUCGGAGCAGUCAGAUGCUCAUUGCGCAGGCACUGAUUGUUCAUCAAUUAGGGAGAGCAUGGAGAAGAGCAUUUCAUAAGCCACUCGAUAAAGAAUACAUUCAUAUAUUGCACCUCUUUGGUGAUUCUGAGACAGCACCUUUUUCUAUCCACAAUCUUCUUCGAAUAGGAAAAAGUCAUAAACUUGCUGCUGGAUCAUGGGUUGGCCCUUAUGUAAUGUGUCGCACAUGGGAGUCCCUGUUGUGCUGGAAUAAGGAGACUGAACUUGGACACCUAUCAUUUCCCAUGGCUAUUUACAUCGUUUCUGGUGAUGAUGGAGAAAGGGGUGGAGCUCCAGUAGUUUGCAUGGAAGAUGCUUCGAGACAUUGUUUUGAGUUUUCGAAAGGCCAGGCUAAUUGGGCACCUAUUCUUUUGUUGGUGCCUUUGGUUCUUGGUCUUGACAAAAUCAACACCAGGUACAUUCCUCUGUUAAGUGCAACAUUUACCUUUCCCCAGAGUCUUGGAAUCCUUGGUGGUAGAUCUGGUGCUUCAACUUACAUUGUUGGCGUGCAGGAUGAUGAGGCCUUCUACCUCGAUCCACAUGAAGUUCAGCCGGUAGUUGAUAUCAGGGAGGAUAAUCUAGAAGGUGAUACUUCAUCUUACCACUGCAAUGUUGUGCGACACAUCCCCCUUGACUCCAUCGAUCCGUCCCUGGCAAUUGGGUUUUAUUGCCGAGACAAAGACACUUUUGAUGAUUUCUGUGACCGGGCCACCAAGCUAGCUGAUGAAUCAAAGGGUGCUCCAUUAUUUACCGUUACUCGCACUCGGACUGCACCGAAACCCGUUCACCAUGAGAUUCAGAGUGAAAGUGAUGGGAUUCAACUGGACGAGUCCUUUGACGAUGAGCCUGGAAAAAGUGCAGAGAGCUGUUCGCAGGAAGAUGACUGGCAAAUCCUUUGACCAUUUAUGUGUAGUGGCUUUGAAGGCAGUCUUCCAGCUUAAUUAUUUAUGCAUGCCAACCUCGUCGAGUAUCUAAACUGUACAGACAAAUAUCAAUUUAAGUUUGCAUUUAUGUUUAUUACCCGAUGAUGAUCAGCAUUGUUAGGUUAGUCCGUGUAGAAUAAGUUAGUUGGGAGUUUAAUCUCGAUUUGUUCAUAAAAUUGUAAGUUAAUUUGACUCGUGGUUUCAAGUUCUAUACAAUUGUCUUUCUUGAGUGCA